AUGGUGAAAAAAGCUAUUGAUUCGAGAAUUCCUGCCCUGGUGAGGAAUGGUGUUCAGACGAACCAAAGGUCAUUUUUCGUCAUCAUUGGUGAUAGGGCUCGUAACCAGUUGCCAAAUUUGCAUUAUCUUAUGAUGAGUGCUGACCUCAAGAUGAACAAGUCUGUUCUUUGGGCCUACAAGAAGAAAUUGCUGGGGUUUACUUCGCAUAGAAAGAAAAGAGAGGCCAAGAUAAAGAAAGAGAUCAAGAGAGGUACUAGAGAGGCUAAUGAUCAAGAUCCAUUCGAGAGUUUCAUUUCCAAUCAAAAUAUCAGGUACGUUUACUACAAAGAGACUGAAAAGAUUCUGGGUAAUACGUACGGUAUGUGUAUCCUGCAGGAUUUUGAAGCUUUGACGCCCAAUCUUUUGGCAAGAACAAUCGAAACAGUUGAAGGUGGUGGUAUCGUUGUCAUUCUUUUAAAGUCUAUGUCUUCUUUGAAGCAGUUGUACACUAUGACUAUGGAUGUGCACUCCCGUUACCGUACAGAAGCCCAUAAUGAUGUGGUUGCAAGAUUCAAUGAAAGAUUUAUCUUGUCUCUUGGGUCAAAUGAGAACUGUUUAGUUGUCGAUGAUGAAUUGAAUGUGCUGCCCAUCUCCGGUGGUAAAAAUGUGGUUGCUUUGCCACCUAAGGAUGAAGACGAAACAACCCCUCAAGUGGCAGAACUGAAUGGCUUAAAGGAAUCAUUACAGGAUGUACAGCCUGCUGGCUCUUUGGUCGCACUAUCCAAAACGGUCAAUCAGGCUCAUGCGAUCCUGUCCUUUAUCGAUGUUAUAACGGAAAAGACAUUGGAUACUACGGUUGCACUGACAGCUGGUAGAGGUAGAGGUAAAUCUGCUGCCUUAGGUAUCGCAAUUGCAGCUGCAGUGUCUCAAGGUUACUCAAAUAUCUUCGUCACUUCUCCUUCGCCAGAAAAUUUGAAGACUCUUUUCGACUUCAUUUUCAGAGGUUUCGAUGCUUUGGGUUACCAGGAACACAUUGAUUACGACAUCAUUCAAUCAACUAAUCCAGAUUUCAAUAAAGCCAUUGUGAGAGUUGAUAUUAAGAGAGAUCACAGGCAGACCAUUCAAUACAUUGUACCCCAGGACAAUCAUGUACUUGGUCAAGCGGAAUUAGUUGUUAUUGAUGAGGCUGCAGCAAUUCCUUUGCAAAUUGUCAAGAACUUGCUAGGUCCUUACCUAAUCUUCAUGGCAUCGACGAUUAACGGUUACGAAGGUACAGGUAGAUCGUUGUCCCUGAAACUGAUACAACAAUUGCGUAACAAGGCAAAUUCAAGCGGCCGUGAAGGAUCUCAAACAGAAAUUACAUCGAGAGAUAAUAAGCAGCAAGUCGGUGUCCGUUCUGGCGGGCGUCAACUGCGUGAAAUUCUACUGGAUGAACCAAUUAGGUACGCACCAGGCGACCCAGUUGAAAAAUGGUUAAACAAACUACUGUGUCUAGACGUCACUCUAAUAAAGAAUCCUAGAUUCGCUGCUAGGGGUACUCCACAUCCUUCGCAGUGUAACUUGUUCAUUGUCAACAGAGACACUUUAUUCUCAUAUCAUCCGGUGUCAGAAUCGUUCUUGGAGAAGAUGAUGGCACUUUACGUGGCAUCUCAUUAUAAGAACUCUCCUAACGAUUUGCAGUUGAUGAGUGAUGCUCCAGCGCAUCAAUUGUUUGUUUUACUCCCACCAAUUGAUCCCAAAGACGGCGGUAGAAUCCCAGAUCCUUUGUGUGUGAUUCAAGUAGCGCUAGAAGGUGAGAUAUCAAAGGAUAAUGUUAGAAAUUCUCUUGCCCGCGGUCAAAGAGCUGGCGGUGACCUGAUUCCAUGGUUAGUGUCUCAGCAAUUUCAAGAUGAGGAGUUUGCUGGUAUGAGUGGUGCUCGUGUGGUAAGAAUCGCUACCAAUCCCGAGUAUUCAUCCAUGGGUUACGGUUCUCGUGCCAUUCAGCUACUUCGGGACUAUUUCGAAGGAAAGUUCACUGACAUGUCCGAGGAUUCCAAACCAAGAGACUUCUCAAUUAAGAGAAUCAGUGACAGAGAGCUUGAAAAAUCCAAUUUAUUGAAGGACGAAGUUAAACUAAGAGACGCGAAAUCUUUACCACCUCUACUCCUAAAGCUUUCAGAGCAACUACCAAACUUCCUUCAUUACCUGGGUGUUUCCUAUGGUUUAACUCAAUCUCUGCUGAAAUUCUGGAAGAAUAACAAGUUUAUCCCAGUUUAUCUACGUCAAACAGCAAACGACUUGACAGGCGAGCACAGUUGUGUUAUGUUAAACGUUUUAGAAGGUAGAGAAUCUAACUGGCUAGCAGAUUUUGCCAAAGAUUUCCACAAGAGAUUCUUAUCAUUGCUGUCUUACGAUUUCCAUAAGUUCACUGCCGUCCACUCACUGAGUGUCAUAGAGAGCGCCAAGAAAGCGCAAGAUUUGUCAAUCACAGAUUGGGAUUCUCAUGAAUUGACAAAAGAGCAGCUAGAUGACGUCUUUUCUCCUUUUGAUUUGAAAAGAUUGGACAGUUACGCCAACAACCUGUUGGACUACCACGUUAUCGUUGACAUGUUGCCUUCAUUGGCUGCACUAUACUUUAUGGGCAAGAUGGGCUCCUCCGUCAGCCUGUCUAGCGUUCAAAGUGCCAUCCUACUUGCUAUCGGUCUGCAACAUAAGGACAUCGACGCUAUAAGCAAAGAACUGAAUAUUCCAGCCAACCAAGCGAUUGCCAUGUUUGCUAAGAUCAUGAGAAAGAUGUCAGUGUUUUUCCGUCAAUUACAAAGAGACUCCAUUGCACAGGCAAUGCCAGCUAUAGAGGACGAAGAAGUGGCUGAGAUGAAUGGUAACGCGUUGAAGAGCUACGACGCUGCGGAAACGCUCGACCAGAUGGAUAAGGAUUUAGAAGAAGCAGGAUCUGAAGCCAUUAGUGCCAUGAAGGAAAAGCAGAAGGAAUUGAUCAAUUCCCUGAACUUGGACAAAUACGCAAUCGACGAAAAUAACGAGGACUGGAAAGAUUCUACGAAUAGUCUAGAGAAAGCUGCCAAAUCCAACGGAGUUGUUAGCGUAAAGACAGGUAAAAAAGAAAGACAGAAAAUGCCCAGGAUAUUUAUAAUGAUGAGAUGA